AGAGAGAGAGAGAGAGAGAAAGAGAGAGAGAGAGAGACCCAACCAUAAGGAGAGAAGUGGGGAAUAAAACAACAACCGAAAAGGCAGAUAGUGAUACAUAAAAAUUAAGAGCAUGGCGCAUUAAGAGGAGGAAAAGCAGAGAUAAAUCUGGAUUUCUCACCAGAAAGGGAACAAGAAUAAAAGCAUCAGCAUCGCUCAACCACUUAAGGACGAGGAUGAAAAAAGAGAGAGGGAAAGGGAAAAGAAAGGAGGAAAAUAAUCAGAUCACUUGUUUUUUUUUCAUGGUCCGUGUGCGCACUUGCUGUUGGUGAGAGUGUACGUAUGUAUGUGUGCAUAUGGGAAGAGACUGCAUUGCUGUUCACUAGCAGAGGCAUCAGGAGAGAAACAAGCUGAAUCCCUCUUUUUUUCUUUCUCUCUCUCUCUGUUUCUGUAUUGCACUGUGCAGCAGGAGCAUGUUGGGUGGGUUGGGUACAGACGACAAGCUGAGCCAGCCAGAAGAGAUGGAUCUGUAAAGCUGGAAAUGGUGUCGGAUCUGGCCAGCGGCUGACUGUUAGCUGUGUUACCUGGGGUUUCUAGGUGGAGCCUGGUGGUGCUCAGCUGCCAGGGAGCGCUAAAGAGUGGCUGGGAGAGUGCCGGCGGUGGGGCCCUGUGUGGAGGGAGGGGGAAAGAACCCAAAACGUGGAGAAGGAGGGUUUUCUGCAUCUGUGUCAGCAGGGAAGUCACAUGGCUGGCAUAGACCUUUUCCCAUUUGUGAGCUGCGGCUGUAGGAGAUUGGACUGGGAGUGACAGUGAACCACAGCUCCAGGAUAAUGGUCUGAAGAGGCUCCCGCUGCUCCGGCCUCACAGGAGGGACCCUACACUCUGGGGGCUAUUUUUCUUUUUCUUCUUUAAGUCAACCCAGGGGAUUUGUAUGUGUGUCUUCCUCCCCCUCACACCUCAUCAUCACCAACUCCGACCCCAACUGUGUUUUUUCUUUUUUUGAGAUUUGGGGGAUUUGCCAAAACCUAUUUCAUGCAUGUCCACUGGGGGCAGGUUCAACUUUGAUGAUGGGGGGUCAUACUGUGGCGGGUGGCAGGAAGGCAAAGCCCACGGCCAUGGCAUCUGCACUGGGCCUAAGGGCCAAGGCGAGUACUCAGGGUCCUGGAGCCAUGGUUUUGAGGUGGUGGGGGUGUACACCUGGCCCAGUGGGAACACCUACCAGGGCACCUGGGCGCAGGGCAAGCGCCAUGGGAUUGGGGUUGAGAACAAGGGCAAGUGGGUGUACAAGGGGGAGUGGACAAGUGGAUUUAAGGGACGCUACGGCCUCAGGGAGAGCACCGGCACCAGCGGGAAGUACGAGGGAACCUGGAACAACGGUCUUCAGGACGGAUACGGUACGGAGACCUACUCUGAUGGAGGUACGUACCAGGGCCAGUGGCUGGGGGGGAUGCGACAGGGAUACGGCCUGCGGCAGAGUGUGCCGUACGGCAUGGCAGCCGUCAUCCGCUCUCCGCUGCGUACCUCCAUAAACUCCUUGCGCUCGGAGCACAGUAACGGGAUGGCUCUGCUCCCGGACCGGGCCGGCGUGGCGUGCGUGGGUGGGAUGGGCUCUGCUGGCAGUCCGGCCGUGUCGCGGGGGGGCUUCGUGCUCACGGCACCUAGCGAGGCAGAGCUGCUGAAGGGCAAGAAAAAGGGUCUGUUCCGAGGUCGCUCGAUCCUCAGUGGACUCAAACUGAGGAAGUCCGAGUCCAGGAGCUCUCUAGCCAGCCAGCGCUCCAAGCAGAGCUCGUUCCGCAGCGAGGCGGGCAUGAGCACGGUCAGCUCAGUCAACUCCACCAUCAGCCUGGGAGAAGGCGAGGCCGAACUGGCCGCUGCCGAGGAUGAUGUGGACGCCACGGCAACAGAGACCUACUGCGGUGAGUGGAAGAACGACAAGCGCACAGGCUUUGGCGUGAGCCGGCGCUCGGACGGCCUGCACUAUGAGGGGGAGUGGGGGGGAAACAAGCGGCACGGAUACGGCUGCACUACCUUCCCUGACGGGACCAAGGAGGAGGGCAAGUACAAGCAGAAUGUCCUGGUGAGCGGCAAGAGAAAGAACCUGAUCCCCCUCAGAGCCAGUAAGAUCAGAGAGAAGGUGGACCGGGCUGUGGACGCGGCCGAGAAGGCUGCAGACAUCGCCAAGCAGAAGGCUGAGAUCGCCAUGUCCAGGACAGCCCAUGCACGAGGGAAGGCAGAGGCGGCCAUGGGAGCAGCCCAGAAGGCCCAGGAAGAGUGUCGCCUCGCCAGGGUCACGGCCAAAGAGUUCUCCCCCUCCUUCCAGCACCGCAAAAACGGAGUAGAGGUCCAAAGGCCAAAACAUCAGAACUCCAGUGAGAACGACAUUGAGGUGGUCUCCAGUGGCACAGGGCCAGACAGUCCUGAACUCUACAUGAAGGGCACUACACCCCCAAACUUGACCCCUGACCUUAGCCCUGAGGCCAGCCACCCCUCCUCGCCCCCCUGCAGCCCUGCCACCACCAAGCCACACUGCACCAAGAACGCUCGCUUCCUGCGGCAGAGUGCUGUGGACGAUGCUGGGUGUGGUGGCGGUGGGGGAGGGGGCAGUAGUGGGCAGGAGAUCCAGGUGCUGAUGGAGGGGCGCAGAGGGGGGGAGUACCUUAGGGCCAACAGCUGGAGCGAGGACAAGGACAAGCACUCUUAUAAAGGGGGCAGCAGGGGGGGCAGCUGGGGCAGAAAUCGCUCUACCACCCCCUCUGUCCAAGAGGAAGCCAGGGGCAGCGGGCGCACAAAUGGCCACGGCCACAAGCACGCCUCCUCCAAUCACAAGUCUCGAGAGCAUGGUUCGUCCAAUCACAAGGCCUCCAGGGACCGGUGGUCGGACUGCCCAUCAGCAUCGUGGAGGUCCCAGCGGACGCACAGCAGUGACACACGACUGCUAGAGCAGGAUGAGGAGAAGCUGAGCAACUACGAGAUGGAGAUGAGGCCACUGCAGCCGAUGGACUCCAACUCCCAGAAGCCCUAUGGGCUGGGAGAGGAGGGCCAUGGUCACGGGGGCGAAGCCCACUCCCACAUGCUGCAGAGACAGCGGCCUAGUAAGAGCCGGGAGGCCAGGGAGGGCCGAGACAUGGAGGCGGCACGGCCUUCAGGGGCGCGGGAGGGUAAAGAGGGCAAGGAGGGACCGGCCCCAGACUCAAUGCAAAAGAUGGACAGUCUGCGCAAGGAGGACAAGCUGGAGGCUAGGCCUCUGCGCAGGGAUCUCACCCUCUCCCCCCCACAGAAAUCCUCACCCAUUGCACUAGAACACGACGAUGACAAGAAACUGACCCAGCUCAAAGCAAACUCGAGCUCCAGCUCAAUUCUGGUCGUCAUGGUGAUUUUGCUCAACAUUGGAGUCGCUAUUUUGUUUAUCCACUUUUUUAUUUAAACAUGUAUUGCCUAUUGAUUCCUUUUAUGAUUAUACAUUAUUAUGAGUAUUAUCAUGACUAUUAGUAACCAGACCUUGACCAUUUGACACUUCUGUAAAGAAUAUAGUAAGAGGAUAAACAAUAUGGGGAUACAGAUGGUUCCCAAUGCCCAGAUUUCAGAUAAGCAGUUAUCUGCAAAACAUCUGCAAAACAUUUUGGAUUUCUCUCCCUGAAAUUACCUGUUCUUCUUCUUAAAUCAUAGUUUAAAAACAUAUAAUUAAAAUGAUUCAUUUGCUCACAUAUGACAUGUUAAUAUAUAUUAUUUUGUAUUCCUUAAUUGCCUUUUCUCUCUGUUGAUAUUGCUGAUGUUCUUUUGAUUGAGUUUGUUUCUGGUGGUAGACUCAGAUGAGUGGUGGCACUGCCUGUAUGAUGGUGUAGUGGGUCAAAUGAGGCAGAAGAUAAUGUAUCUACUCUGGUUGUGACUGUGUCCACCUGACCUGGGUUCAAAUACUAUUUAAUAAUAUUUUUAAAUACUGUAUCUGUGCUUGAUUGAGCUUACCUGUUGCAGUGGAAACAAUAGAAAAGUCCCAAAAGUGCAAAACCAUGCCUACCUGACAGUCGAGGCAGGCCCAAGCAAAUGCUGAAAGUAUUUGAAAGAUUUCAAGUAGUAUUUGAACACAGGUGUUGUCCACCCAGUAAUACAAGGUCCAAAGGGAUGGGAAACGGCCCCCUGUCCCCUGUCCUACCCAUUGCCCUCCGAACCCACCCCAUCCUCUACCCCUGCACAUAUCACCCUUCUGGCACGUUGUUCCCCUUCACGAUUAUAAGUUCAGCCUCUCACCACCCAUCCUUCCCCUUCCCGGUAGUCCACUCAUGACAUCACACCAUAUCUUGUUAGCCUCUUUUCCUUGUUUCAUGUAACUCUCCUUUCAUUUUAUACCCCACCGUGCUCCCCAAAUCCUAACAACCAACCAUUUCCACCAAGACUUCAUUUUGUUUCUUUCUUUCAUAAAAAUAUGAUUAAAUAAAAAUAGGGCUGCAAAACAACUUUUGCAACUACAGAAUCUGGUCAGCAACAGGACAUGUUUACAAUCUGAAAAACCACCAUGACCAAUACAAAUUUGCCUCUAACAACUAUAACACCAUACCUAUCUAUGCUAGUAAACCGUUUGUAAAUUUAGCAACUUGGGUUACCAAGAUUGAAACAUGCGAGAGGAACUACUCUUUAUCUAAUCCGUCCGCAACCGGAGUAGGAAUACUUCUGUCUGAAAGGACUUCAUCCAGGUCUCUAAUGUAAAAGAUUCUCUCUGUAGUCGACAACAAAAGUCUCUAACGUAAAAGAUUCUCUCUGUAGUCGACAACAAAAGUCUCUAACGUAAAAGAUUCUCUCUAUAGUCGACAACAAAAGUCUAACAUAAAAGAUUCUCUCUGUAGUCGACAACAAAAGUCUCUAACGUAAAAGAUUCUCUCUAUAGUCGACAACAAAAGUCUCUAAUGUAAAAUAUUCUCUCUGUAGUCGACAACAAAAGUCUCUAACGUAAAAGAUUCUCUCUAUAGUCGACAACAAAAGUCUAACAUAAAAGAUUCUCUCUGUAGUCGACAACAAAAGUCUCUAACGUAAAAGAUUCUCUCUAUAGUCGACAACAAAAGUCUCUAAUGUAAAAUAUUCUCUCUGUAGUCGACAACAAAAGUCUCUAAUGUAAAAGAUUCUCUCUAUAGUCGACAACAAAAGUCUCUAAUGUAAAAUAUUCUCUCUGUAGUCGACAACAAAAGUCUCUAACGUAAAAGAUUCUCUCUAUAGUCGACAACAAAAGUCUCUAAUGUAAAAGAUUCUCUCUGUAGUCGACAACAAAAGUCUCUAACGUAAAAGAUUCUCUCUAUAGUCGACAACAAAAGUCUCUAAUGUAAAAGAUUCUCUCUAUAGUCGACAACAAAAGUCUAACAUAAAAUAUUCUCUCUGUAGUCGACAACAAAAGUCUCUAACGUAAAAGAUUCUCUCUAUAGUCGACAACAAAAGUCUCUAACGUAAAAGAUUCUCUCUGUAGUCGACAACAAAAGUCUCUAACGUAAAAGAUUCUCUCUAUAGUCGACAACAAAAGUCUAACAUAAAAGAUUCUCUCUGUAGUCGACAACAAAAGUCUCUAACGUAAAAGAUUCUCUCUAUAGUCGACAACAAAAGUCUCUAAUGUAAAAUAUUCUCUCUGUAGUCGACAACAAAAGUCUCUAAUGUAAAAGAUUCUCUCUAUAGUCGACAACAAAAGUCUCUAAUGUAAAAUAUUCUCUCUGUAGUCGACAACAAAAGUCUCUAACGUAAAAGAUUCUCUCUAUAGUCGACAACAAAAGUCUCUAAUGUAAAAGAUUCUCUCUGUAGUCGACAACAAAAGUCUCUAACGUAAAAGAUUCUCUCUAUAGUCGACAACAAAAGUCUCUAAUGUAAAAGAUUCUCUCUAUAGUCGACAACAAAAGUCUCUAACGUAAAAGAUUCUCUCUGUAGUCGACAACAAAAGUCUCUAACGUAAAAGAUUCUCUCUAUAGUCGACAACAAAAGUCUAACAUAAAAGAUUCUCUCUGUAGUCGACAACAAAAGUCUCUAACGUAAAAGAUUCUCUCUAUAGUCGACAACAAAAGUCUCUAAUGUAAAAUAUUCUCUCUGUAGUCGACAACAAGUCUCUAAUGUAAAAGAUUCUCUCUAUAGUCGACAACAAAAGUCUCUAAUGUAAAAUAUUCUCUCUGUAGUCGACAACAAAAGUCUCUAACGUAAAAGAUUCUCUCUAUAGUCGACAACAAAAGUCUCUAAUGUAAAAGAUUCUCUCUGUAGUCGACAACAAAAGUCUCUAACGUAAAAGAUUCUCUCUAUAGUCGACAACAAAAGUCUCUAAUGUAAAAGAUUCUCUCUAUAGUCGACAACAAAAGUCUCUAACGUAAAAGAUUCUCUCUAUAGUCGACAACAAAAGUCUCUAAGGUAAAAGAUUCUCUCUGUAGUCGACAACAAAAGUCUCUAACGUAAAAGAUUCUCUCUAUAGUCGACAACAAAAGUCUCUAACGUAAAAGAUUCUCUCUAUAGUCGACAACAAAAGUCUCUAAUGUAAAAGAUUCUCUCUGUAGUCGACAACAAAAGUCUCUAAUGUAAAAGAUUCUCUCUGUAGUCGACAACAAAAGUCUCUAACGUAAAAGAUUCUCUCUAUAGUCGACAACAAAAGUCUCUAACGUAAAAUAUUCUCUCUAUAGUCGACAACAAAAGGAUCAUUGAUCAUGAUCUAAAGGAAAGAACUCUCAAACACACACUGUACAAUUCCAUGUACACAACAGGUAUAAUACUCAUGCACGUCUGUCCAGUGGAGUUAUUACACGCUAGAUUUGUAUAAAAUAUUGACAUUCCAACCAACUUCAUCAGUAUCUCUCUGGUCUUUAAUGUACAGGUUGAACUUCAUAUGAGGACUAUAGGGCAUGACAUUCUGUCAGUUGUCAUCUAACUGCCCCUUUGGCCCCAACAGAGUCUCUCUCUUUCUCUUUCUCAUUACAGUAUAAUGACUAAAGGUUUCUACCCAAACCUCACCCCACACACCUGGUCUGGAGCCACUGGCUCCCCGUACAGUAAGAGACGAGUGUGCCCAAGUACAAGUUCAGAGACUGUUACGUUUCAAACUGCUGCUUUCAAAACAACGAUUUCCCAAGACAGAAAAAAAUCAUCAACAUUUUUAGCUAUUUGCAAGACGUCUGAAAAAACGCCAACUGCCUUGUUUUAUAAAGUAAGAAAAAAAAAUAUUCUAAAAUGCAUGGUCAAGUAUGUUUUAGAUUUGUAUACAUUUUUUUUAAAUAAAAAAACGAAAGAAAAUAAAAACAUUUUAAAAUGUCAUCCCAAUGAGGAAAGGUUGUCUUUUACUGGCUUUGCCAAUUUCCUCUUAGUUGUGAGCAAGCAGAAGCUUUCCAGGUGUUGUCCAGUACUGUUCUGAGAAGCAGAAUCUUCCAUAGGAUAGCCUGGGCUGGAGCUAUAGUACGGUACAGUAAAGGAAUCAGACAGUCUACUGCAUCCCACUGCUUCUCCAUGACCAAGUCCACAGGGACUGCGGUUGAAAAUUAGCCGGCUGGGUAAAACCGGCACUUUUACUGAAACGUUGAUUAAUGUGCACUGUCCCUGUAAAAAUAAAAAAUAAACUCAAACUCAACUCAACAUCUUAGACGGAACUAAACAAGAGAGGGAAAAAACAGACAAACUAAGAGAGAAAUGUUUUGUGUAUCUUUUAUAUCUGGCUAACUAACUCAAAGACUCUGAGACAUUUAUAGCAUGUCUGUAAUGGGCUAGUACCCCCUCCUGAUUGUCCUGGUCCUCCAGUCAGUAAUCAUUCACAAUCUACAGUAUGUGUGCUCUCUUCUCUUCCUCCCAUACCUCUCCGUUUCUCUAUCCAGCAAAGUCAAACAGAGCUGCCGAUGUGAAGGAAUGAAAGCUGGGGCCAAAUGCUUGGAGUUAUAUUUUUCAAGAACGUUUGCGCAAGUGGAGACUGCUGAGGGGAGGACGGCUCAUAAUAAUGGCUGUAUCGGAGUAAAUGGAGUUGCAUCAAACACAUGGAAACCAUGUGUUUGAUGUAUUUUUUGCCAUUCCACUAAUUCCGCUCCAGCCAUUACCACGAACCCAUCCUCCCCAAUUAAGGUGCCACCAACCUCCUGUGGUUUGCUCCCCCAGUCUUGACUUACUGAGGUACUGUUGGAAACUGGACUGAUACUGUAAGAUGGUUAAGGCAUAUUAUGGGAAAUGGUUCACUGAUUCAAAGAAUAACUAUGAAUAUUGGUCCAGCGGGUCUUGAUGCUGAGAGGUGCAGAGGUGAUCUACCUGUUCCUGUGGUUUUUCUACCAUUCCGACUGGAAGUACCCAUCACCUUGAGAGCCCAUCGCAUGCCCAAGCAUGCCCAGUUCUUUUUCUCUCUCCUCUCCUCUUUUAUUUAUUCACUUUUUGGGGGUCUGUUUGUUUUUGAGUUAUGUGGAGAAAAUAAUGAAAGUGUUUGAAAGAAAACUCAUUGUUUGUGGUUAUU